AUGCGCGGAUCGAAAGACCGCGUUGAGGUGUUUAAGCUGCCGGAGAACCUCUGGUUCGCGGGAACCGCGCAGCUGCCGCCGUUUGAAGGCGCUGCUGACGGUGGCGCCUCCUCUACCGGCGCCGGUGCCGGGAACAGCGGCGGAGAUAGUACCAGCAGCGGAAACCACGGCACCAACGCCGUCGAUUAUCGCGCAUCUGACUCGCCCGACUCGGAAUCGUUGAAGGAGGAGCUGCUUGCGCGGAUUCGCGGCGGCGGACUCAAUGAGAAGACGCGCGAGGCUCUGGCGGGAGCAGCAAGCUCCGCCUCGGAGGCGGCCGCCGCUGCAUCUGCGCCCGCCGCUGCGCCUGCGAGCGCGCCGGCUCCCGCUGUGGAUCCGCUCGAGCAACAGAUGAACCGUGUUUCCCCUCCUGAUGUCGCUCUUUGUGUGGGCAAUGGCUACGUCCUUCACACUGUCAAUAUUGGGGAAGCAGCUUACUCGCAUCUCCUCCCUCUUCUCACUCGAUUCCUUUUGACCAUUUUCGCCUCCCCCACCCUCUCUCUCUCUCGGCCCUCCUUCCCUCCUCUUCUCCCGCUGGGCAGCGAUGGCUGUGUACGACAAGCAGGGGAAGCAGCUCACUCGCAUAAUCCCUUUCUACCCAUUUUCACCUCCCCUAACCACUCCCUCUCGCCCCCCCUUCCCUCCGCUUCUCCUGCGUGGCAGCGAUGGUUGUGUACGACAACAAGCAGGGGAAGCAGCUCACUCGCAUCAUCACAACCAACGAGGCAAGUGCUCACGCAACGCAAUCAUGAUCCCUCUGCCUCUCCGCCCCGCUCCCGCACCUCCCUCCACACCUUGUUCUUUGGCAUGCUGCCAUGGGUGGUGGAGAAGAGAGACCCGUUCAACACAUCAGUAUUCGGAGACGAUAUUGGCGACAUGACAUGCACGUAUGACCGCCAGGCCAGGCGCUUCUACCUCUCCACCUACUGGACUGUGAGUCGCGGUGGGGGUGCACUGGAGUGUGCGGUGCUGCUGGGUGCUGCUGGGCAGGCCAAGCGCUUCUACCUUUCCACCUACUGGUCUGUGCGCUGCGCGCUGAGCCAUUUACCUUUUCCGCGCCUCAAUAAGUUGCUUCCUUAUCCACCUACUGGGCGGAUCUGCCAAGCCAUUUCCCCCCCUCCUGUUGUACCCCUCCCGCAAUGCCACUAUCCCCCUCCUUUUGCCCUCUCGUUUUCCUACCUCCCGUUUUCCUCUCUCUCUCAUCUUCCUCUCCAAUUUUUCACCCUCUCAUUUCCUUCCCUCUCGUUUUCCUCUCGUAUUUUAUCUCUCAUUUCCUCCCCCUCGUUUUCCUCUCGUAUUUCCACCUCUCAUUCUCCUCCACCUCGCUUUCCUCCCUCUUGCCUCCUCGCCCUCAAUUUCCACGCACUCGUUUUUCUUGUUGUCUCUGGGAAAUCCAACAACACGUAUGACAAGUUUGGGCAGACGAGGAGGCGAGGCAACAUCACAGUCGGGGGAGGGCUGAUAGUGGCGGCAUCAACCACAGACGAUCCCACGCAGCCAUGGAACUCUCGCCGAUUCUCACUGCUUCUCACCCUUUUCUCGUUUCCCCUUACCAGUUCUCACUCUUAUCCGCUGCCUCCGCAUGUGUCUUCCUGCAACAGCAGCCCCAUCUCACACUGGUUAGAUUCCGUGCUCUGUUCUGCUCUCCUUGCUCCCCAACUUCCCACCCUCCUCCUUCCCACUGAUUUCUUCCUCUCCUUCCCACAGUUUCCUCCCUCUCCUUCCCACGGUGUCCUCCCUUUCCCCAACCCCCUCCUCCUAGCAACGACGGCAUCAACUCCAAUGCGGCCUGGAGGGCGCCUCUUCACUUCCAGGCUUCACAGAACACUCAACGAUGGUAUCAACUCCAAUCCGGACUGGAGGGCCCCCCUUCACUACAACACGUCUCGACUCACCACUUUCCGUACGUUGGAUGAUGUGGCAUACGAUGGUGUGUGUGAUGGUACAGGUGAUGGCUGGGGUGCUUGUGAUGUGGACUACCCUCAAAUUGGCACCGAUGCCUAUGUGGACUACCCCCAGAUCGGCACAGAUGCCUAUGGUAUUGCAAUUUCCAAGUCACAGCUCCAAACGCCUGAAAACGCCACCAUUCUCCGCUUUGCCGUACCUUACACAGAGACCCUCAGCAACCCCGCAUUCACAAUUUACCCUCAGAAGGUUGCUGCUGAUGGGGACUAUGACUACAGCCAUGGCGGCACCAUGUACUUUGGAUGGACGGGAGUUAACCCCAACCCUGGCGCUCCAAACGAAACCGUGCUCGUUGCCAACUAUAGCACAGUUGGAGCCUUUGCUAUAACGGGGACAAGUGCCCUGGGAACCCCUGAAGCCGAGAGUUUGGUUGAGCCGCACUGUGCUGCUGUCAACACUCCUCUGUACUUCAAUCCGUUGCCUGUGGAGCAGAAACCAGGACCAGUUCCACUGGCUUGGAAGAUGAACCAAACAAUCAAACCCAUCGGCCCUGCAUAUACAGAUGCGAGAGGAGUGGUGGUGUUUCCUGGGAAGAGGCAGAUGUGGUUGGGAUUUAUGUCGGCUUUUGGCAAGGACAUGAGCGCUUCUGCUGCGGUCGUGAGGCUCCGCUUGUCCCUCAGGCCCCAGCGCAAGUGGCGGCCGUUUCGGGUGUUUCUGGAGCGGUUCAAAGCGGUGGGGAUGGGCGGGGGGAACAGCCUCAUUCAGCCGACCAUCGCUCUCAACAGGCACGGCAAGGGCAUCAUAGCAGCAUCGCUGGCAGGGCGUUCCUUCUACCCCUCAGCUGCCUAUGCCACUCUCAAUGCCAACGUGGAUAUCGGCCGCGUGGUUGUUGCUGGCGCGGGAAAGGCUCCUCUCGACGACUACAAGGGGUACCGCGAGGGUGCAACGGAGCAUCGGUACGGGGACUACAUGGCAGCGACGGUAGACGAGGAGGGCAACGCGUGGGCGGCAGUGCAGUAUGUGGCUGGUGAGCCCAGGAGUGAGUGGAGCAACUGGGCUACCUACGUCUUCAAAGUCGACCUGCAUGGGGGGGAGGACGUGGGGAACGGGGGGGAUGGGGGGGGGUGGGAGGAGUGGAAGGGGGACAGGGUGGAGGAGGAGGGCAACGCGUGGGCGGCAGUGCAGUAUGUGUCGGGGAAGCCGUGA